AGUUCGACCUUUUCCCAUUCGAUAAGAACAAGAACAUCAACCGCAUCUUCUUUCAGCUGUUUGGAAAAGAAACAAACUUUAGACCAAUCCCAUCAUUCCGUAGACUCUAUUUUCGACGAGUUUCGCCAGUUGACGGGGAAUAGACGGAAACUGAACCACAAGAACUCGGAUAAGUUUGAUGUAAGCGAAAACUAUGGUGGAAAAUACGCGCGAAUUGAGGGUUGUUGUGUCAAAUUUCAAAGUGUACAUGUUUGUGUUGGAUAUAAUCGUUAAAAAGAAUUUAAACAAUGUCUAAUUUAAAGUCGGAAAACUCCACCUACUAUAUGGCAGAAUUCGUAAAGAAGGAAUCAUUAUCAAACGAGCCUACACACAAAAGUGAUUACGAGAAAAGAUGUACCGGGCUUCCAGACAAACCCGGUCCAUUUCAUAAAGAAACGGAUCAUUCAUGUUUCUACAAUGCUUCGGCUCCAAAAACCAUUUUGAUAACAAAUAAUUAUUCGCAAGAUGACCCGAGCGGGCUGAAGAGUCAUCAAAAUAUACAGAAAAGUUCGUCCAUCACAAUUGUAACACAUAAUUCUGAUGGCGAACGUUCGACAAGCAACAUACCAACAUCGGCGAGUAGUUCGACUGUAGUCCUAGAUAGAAUAAAUAUUUGCAUAAAUAAUCACUUCAACGAUCCAAGAUCUGCCAAUGCAAUUCCAUCGACUUCAGGUUUACAAAACAAAAAAGAAAACAUCUUCCCAGAUGAGCGAGUAGAAAUCAAACAGGAAACCACAGAUGAGCCUGUCUCGAGCACAAGCAAUAUCUUAGAUGACGACGACGAUGACAAUGAAUCAAUGAUGUCAGAUUCAUCUGAAUUCAUAUCUAAGUACAAGCCUGGUGAGGAUGUUCUUGUUCAUCGCAAAGAUGGUCGAAUUUAUCUGGGGACAAUAAUUGCAAUCACUCGAAGUCAGUGUUUGGUUCGAUUGGACGACUGUACGGAGUAUUGGGCAGAAGCUGAAUAUAUAAAGAAAAUAGACACAACCGAUACGAACGAUGAUCCUAUGUGUGUUGUAUGCAAGAAGGUAAAUGAGAAUGAUAUUGUGGAAGUAUGCGAACGAUGUGGCAGAGGGUAUCAUCAGAAAUGUACCGAAGAAAGAUUUCAGAAGAAUGGAGUUUGGUAUUGCAGAAGAUGUACAGCGCGAAACGGUGUUAAGGUGAGGCAAUUCCAACCACCACGGAUAGAACCAUUAAGCAAAAUUCUAACCGACAAAUCACAGCUGCCUUAUGACAUUGAUUCGUUAACUUGGGACAGCCACCACCGUGUUAAUAUGGAACAAAUAUAUUGCUACUGUGGUGGGAAUGGAGAGUGGCAUAAAAAAAUGUUGCAAUGUUGUAAAUGUCAACAAUGGUUUCAUGAAAAAUGUGUUCGCUGCUUAGAAUAUCCUCUUUAUCGUGGUGAUAGAUUUUUUGUAUUCGUGUGUUCUAUGUGUAAUGACGGAGUGGAGUUUUUACGUCGAUUAGUUAUGAAAUGGAUCGAUGUGGUUCACUUACUCCUAUUCAAUAUUACAACCUACAAUCAGCAAAAAUACUAUCAUGCAAAUAAAGUUAUUGUUCCUUAUGCUGUUGAUAACUGGCCAUUCCUGCAUUUGGAUCCUAGUAUGCGCAGUUUGACUGCAAAAGAGAUAAAGGACAAAAUACUUAGCACAUUAUCAACCAAUAGUCCAAGAUUUAAAUGCGGUCGCGAAAUAAAAAAACGACAAUCAGUAUGGGGUCUAAGAAAUCGCAUCCCACCAAUAGCACCAUCUGUUUCUAUUCCUGCUGAUGUCGAAAUUAGUGAACACUAUCUCAGGCAUCGAACCAAAUUGAACUUCAUUUCUAUAGAGUCGCCGAUUGAAAUUCCCAAGGAUAUUGAGACCAAAAUGAGUGGUAUUGAAUAUUUGGGUGAAAAUUCUGAUAAUGAAUCCAGUGGUGGAGUUAGUGAUACAAAGUUUACUUCGGAUGAUGAAUUACCUCUGAAAAUUUCUAUCGAGAGGGAGAAACAACGUGAACAGCAACAAUUAGCAGCUGCAACACGAGAAAUUUUGCAAAAAGAACAACCAAUGCAGCAAAUGUGCCGCGAAACUUCUCCUAUUCUUAUUCCCGAAGAGGAUUCCUUAGGGAACGAUCAUACAUCAGCCAUCACAGACUCUUCAGAUAAAAGCAACGACUGUGCUGCUGAUGAUGCAGAUGUCGAGAUGAAAGAUGAGGAAACUCUUGAUGGCACACUAUCCAGGACUAAACGUAAUCGCAAGCGAAAAUCUCCAUUCCAGCAAGCAGCUUCAAUAGCAACCACUGCCGAGAAUGCAGCGAAAAAACAUGCUGAAGUUAUUGAUAUUUGUGAUUCAUCUGAUGACACAUCAAGCCGUGGCACAUUGGAUCUUAUUAUUCCACCACCGAAAAACUUCCAGGGAAGGAAUAAUCCGUUUCGUUUAACCCCCAAAAAGAAUGAAAACAAUACCAGCCACACCAACAGUCCUCUGGUAGUUCAUAAAACUAUAACUAGUGGGGGUGGAAGUAGCAGCAGCAGCGCUAGUAGCAACAAUAAUAAUAAUAAUUCAAGUGGGGGCAAAAAGCCAAUUUUGAAUUCAAAAUUGUUUGGCAACGUGGAUUUAAAUCAAGUUGCUGGACAAUUCAGAAUUGUACGGACUGUGAAACGAAGACUGAGUGCCAAAGACAUAAUGAUAGGACCGAAUAUGGAAGUGAAGAGACGAAGGCUGAGACGACGUUCGGGUAAUGUAGAGGUCAUAAGUACUACAACCAUACAAACACUACCCAAAUCUGCAGCUUACCUACCAAUAAGAAGCGACAACAAAGAAUGGCCAGUUGCCGCCAUCAGAUCUACACUCGUAACAGCGAACGGGUCAUCUUCAUCAAGUACAACACCUCAUGCAACUUCUCCUACGAAUCUCGGUUCCAUAUCAAACGUAUUCAAUGGUCGACGGCUUCGUCAGCGUCGCGAAAAGAACUAUGCUGAGUCUUCUCGGCGAAAUUCCAACACUAGUUUGACCGCACCAAAUUCGAAUAUGGCAAAUAACAGGAGCAUACCGGGUUCACCCACCAAGAGUGGGAGCCAAUCGACAGAUGUAUCUCUAUCGGACCUAAAAAGUUCGGUAAAUAUGUAUUUUGGCGCCGUCAAUCGGAUCGCAAGCGGCGAAAACUUUGCCGUGCGAGCGAAACGUUACACACCAAACGGUAAAAUUCAGUAUUUGAUUGAAUGGGAAGGAAUUUCAUAAGUCAAUUUCGUUACUUUCUUUAAGUGAUGUUUUUUUUUAAAUUUACAUUUACUUUCAACUGAAACAGGAAGUUUUGGCGAAUGAAUUCAAAGGAUCUUGAGCGUUUUUAUUUAUACUUCGAAAUUAUUUUUCUUUAUCACUUCAAACACGGCCGUUUAUUUUGCAUAUUCAUUCCAAUUUUUCCUUGUUACUGUUUUCUUUUUGUAUGUUGAUAACAUCUGACAAUUGCUUCAUUCGCAAUUUGAUCGGAGCCUACGAAUAUUUAGAUAAUAUUUUUAUCACUGCCGAAUAAUAAAACAAUGUAGAAAAUUACAAACACUCGUAUGAAUUAAAUGAUCGUUGUCCUAAAUGUACAAUAUAGAAUAUUUAUUUUAAAGAGUCAAGCGUAGGAAGCUUCACGGUAAAAUCUAGAAACUUAAUCGAGCGCGUGGAUAGAAAUAUGUAAGAUUUCGCAUAUAUUCGCGAAUAAACACCAACUGUUUGAACGGAAGUUUCUCAGUCAUUGAAAAGAUUUUAAUAGAGGAGCGAAAUGUGUUUUGUUCGUAGAUUCUAAAUAACAAUUAAAAAGAAAAAUGGAAAAUAUACGAAAACAGGGAACAUAUUAUCCGAAAUUUAGCAAAUAUCCUUUUAAAAUUAAAGAGUUUAGGAACUUAAGUAAAGCAAAAUUCUAGGUAGAUUUUUAGUUAGAAUUGCUAAUAUUAAAAUUAAUUUUUGCGCACAUACCCAAACAUUCUAUUAUAUGGUGUGUAGAAGGAAAUUAAAGAGUGAAUUGAAAAGCACUGAAAUAUUAUCCAGAAUCGCAACCAAUUCAAUUUCAACUAUACAAAUCAAAUUACCAUAAAAUUUAUUGAUAAUUGGAAAUAAUUAUAUAGUUCAAUCUUUUGAGUCGCAUUUAUUGAAAUAAGAGACAAUUUUAUUCGUGAAAUGUUUACAUGAGUGUUCAUAAAAUUGGUAUAAUCAAAUCAAAAGCUAGUUCCGAGAUAUUAGCCAAAAUUUUCCUCUAGAGCUCUAGACAUUUUUCUCUAUUUAAAAUGUGGGAAUUACGACCUAAGUUCUAUACGCUUCGAAAUCACUACAGCAAAAUCAAGGCUAGAAAAAUCAUAUGGUAAUAAAUAGUUGCCGAAGGACAAUUAGUUUGAUAUAGACUGAAAAAUAAGGACUUCCUCUUAUUGAGAGAAGGAGAAAAAAUGCGCUACCUCACUUGAGUUACAAUAAGAUCACGACAUUGAUACCACAAUUUUGUAAAACGGGCGUAUAUAAAUUCAACUAAAAUAGUUUGAAAAUCAUAACGAACGGAAGCAAAGAUAGAACAGUAGCAAUAAGAAAGAUUCUACUGCCAAAAACUAUAAUUUUAUACAACUGCAUUUUGAUUGAAAGAUAAAAGGUAUAUUUUGUGACAGCUGUAAUUUCUCAUAGUGCAUACACAAUAGAACGGAUAGACAUCUCCACAUGUAACAGGUUUUAAAUAUUACAAAGAUAUCCAGUAAAGAAGAAAGGACAAGUUAAAUGCAAAUAUAUUCUUUUACUGCAAAACAAAACAUAUAUUCCGAAUUGAAUUGUAAAAAGCUCAUGAGUAAACCAUUUCAUAGGUAUUAAGUAUCAAUACGUUGUGAAAUAAUAAGUUUCUAUUGUUAUUCGCAGCUAGAAAUAGCGUUGUGAGGUAUUCAUUGCCAUUGCCAAUGAAUAAUCUAGGAAAUGUAUUCGCAAUUUAUAAGAAUUGAGUCUAAUUUAAGCAUUGGAGGUUGCUAGUUCUAAUUAAUGUAUUUUCUCAAAAAACAAAAUUAUUAAUAAUGAUGGCUAAUUUUAGAACAUUAAUGGCUUUAUGGUCUGGUCGCUCUGUCUAAAAAUACAGAGAGUUAGUCGUGAAGUCAUUAAGGCUCAUUGUUGGAACACAACUAUCUACUAAUGUUUAUUUAUUUUUAAAUAUUGUAUUUCUCUUCCUGAUUCCUGAUGUUUUCAUAUGAAUACAGGCUAAAGCCUUUUACUUGAAGGGCCUGUAUUUCGAUAUGUAAAAAUAUCAUAACUUUAGAAGCUGAAAAAGAGGAAAUUUUAAUGAAAAAAUUAGUGAGAUUUCAGCUUAUUGGUUGAGAUUUCUUUUAUAGAUGUUAAAUUUCAGUCGUUGAUGCGAAUUUAUCUGUCAUCUGCUAUGUGUAUUAUAUUCGGAAUAGCUAGUUAACUUCCAUUAAAUUUGAAAAAAAAAACAACUAUCAGAUACCCUAAUCGACUUUUUGCAUUGUAGUUUAGCUAGAAUAAUGAGAAAAGUGGAAAUCGGCCUUGUUGCAACUACAAGAUGAAAUUUAUGUUUAGGAGAAUUUAUUUGAAUUUUGCGCGAAUCUCGUGGAACUCAAAUAGUAGUUUUCAAAUAUUAGCAAGCAACCUUUAUUCAACUCUCAAGUAUAAAAUAAUGAAAUUCUGUGGAAAUAAAGUGUGGAAAUCGCAAAGUUGAAGACAAAAACCAGGUAAGUGUUUUGAUUUCAGAUUCAUAUUAAUCAAGUCUUCUUUUAUAGGAUGAAAUUGAUCGUGAAAUAUCAAUUUGUACCUAAAGAAUAAAGGUUAGAAAACAAAAACUUUGCAAAUAUACCUAUUUGGGGAAGAUACGAUAUAAGACGAACAAGCGCAAAUCAUGUGAGUACCGCAAUCAUUUUACCUAUUUAUUUCUCAUUUGAAUUUGUAUAAUUUUGCUCUUCUGUGCAGUUCAAUUCGAUAGUAUAUUCCUAUACUUGGAAGCCAUAUGUCCAUAUUGGUUUAAUAAGAACAGUUGAAUAAUUCCCGAUUUAACUUUUGACUGUCUGUUUAGUAAGGAAAAGUUAGAUGUGGCAAUAUCGUUUUCCAGUCCUGUUUAAAAACACAAGCACAACGAAUUUGUUUGCUGUAAUCUUUAAAAAGUAGUUUUUUUAUGUUUACCAAUUCAUACUGACAUUACAGGCAAAGUCCGAUUAAGAUCCAACUUUCACUUCCAUAGCAUAACAUAGGUUUAUUAGCUGUUAUUCCUGAGAAGAAAAUGAAAGGGUUCGGAAAUUGGUGACUAUUUUACUAUUUAAUGGAAACCAAGAAAAAGACGUUCGCUAAACUCUUCACAUAAUCCAUGAAUCCCAUUAAACUAUUAGAAAUAUACGAAAAUGACCCUUUUGAUUAAUUAAAUUCGGAACAGUACGCUGCAUAUAAAAAUAAAUAAAAUCCUUCAAAUAUCAUGUUCGAUUCAAAAAUAUCUAGUCGUCCCAUUUUCGUCUUCUAAUCAACGUGCCCACCGGUCCAUUACAGAGUAACCGAGCAACAGAAAUAAUCGCUCUGUAUAUAUUGUUUUCGUCUAGCAGCAGAGGGCGAACAUUGGUGCGGAAAAGCCUCAGUUUGAUGAUGAUACCCAGGUAAUUGAUUUACUAAAUAAUCAACACCCUCAAUAUUCUGUCCAUCAAUGCAGAUAGGAGAUGUUCAAUGCCCGGUCAGACUUAGAAUCUCAUUAAUAAUCAAUUAUUCCAAUAGUAAGAGGUGCAAAUUUGUUGUAACUAAAAGGGGCUUUUUGUUUCGAUUUCUCAGGUCCAUUCAAUCAAAGUUUAUAUAUCAAGCAGAAUGUUGACGUCAUAAGUUGCAUAAAUAUUGAGGUUGCCGUUCAUUUCUGGGUGGGGUCUGGUU